UGCACUGUCUUCAUUAUUGUCGCAGAAUAUGAUAAUUUGGUGAAAUAUUAGCUUUAUGUAUGUCCAUAUUUUUCUACCAUAAUGCAUCCAAUUAAUAUGGUUCAUCGACCAAUAGAGCCAACACCUUAAUUGAUGACCUCUAAGGACAGUGAAAUCGUAAAAAAAAAAGUUUAAAUAGCCCAAUGCUGAUCGAUUUAUAUUGCUUUGGAUUCUCAAGUAAUUGUGUUUUAAUUAAGUUGACCUCCAUGACGCAAGAUGACGACCAAUACAUUGUGUAUAUGUAUACGAUUAUAUUUUGAAGCGCGGCAGUGACACUUGUGGUAUUGGUAGCAAGAUUCGUAGUUUACACUAAACCGAUGUUGUUGUGUGAGACACUACAUGAUGUUUCUUCAAAGCAUAAAUACCAUUAUAUUUCAUCUUUUGAUAUUGAUGACAAUGCAAAGCAUUGUUAUCGUCCUCUCCUCCUGUCCAACUGGCUGGGUGAAAUGGCGUCAGUCUUGCUAUAUCUUACUGUCUGAGAAGAUGAACUGGAUGCAAGCCGAGGCGGCAUGCAAGCGACUAGGGAGCAACCUCAUAGUGCCUGAUUCGAAAGAAGAAAACGACUUCAUCUUCGAGUGGGCAGUGAAAGGGAAUGAGGGUAUGUGGAUCGGCUGCACAGAUGUUGCUGAAGAAGGAGUUUGGCUGUGUGGGGGUCAGCCUGCAAGAUUCACCAACUGGUGGUAUCCACACUAUCCACAUCACAACGACACGGGGUUGAACUGUGCCCGAAUGACUGUAUCCUAUGGUGGGCUUUGGUCUGAUAUCUUAAAAUGCAACAGUGACGGCUAUAAACUUGCUGCAAGUGAGAUGCCGGUCCCUAUGAUGCCAAUCUACCACACCCUGCUAGGUCCCGAUGGGCGUGUCUCUCAAUACUGCCCACUCAAUCACGUCAUCGACAACCUGGCCGUUGAGGGUGUGAUUGCUUGUGGCUGGGCGUGUACAUCAGAUCCUCGAUGCCGCUCCUUUAAUGUUUGGCAGAGCAGCAAGAAAGACAAGAAAUGUCAACUCAAUGACGUCACCCGUCUUGAAGACGAUCACACCGACUUGGAGGUUACCCAAGGCUGCUUCUACUUUGAACUUUAGUUACUCGAAAAAUAACACGA